AUGUGCAUGCAAACGACAACGCACGCGGAAAGGAGGAGGCGAACAGAACGAGGGGUGAGCGGUGAUAAGAAAGGGAAGACGAACCUCUUCGAAGUCGAUGUCGCACUCGAACUCGCCGCAAGACCUGUACCCGUCGGCGUCUCCGUGACUACAUUCGUAACCGUGACCAACGUUCCUCCCGAGCUUGACUCUACAACCGAAGUAAGAAGCGUCGGACUUGCGGUAGAAGUCGCGCUUGUACUCGAGCUGGUCGCAGCACUCGUAGUCGAGGUCUGGGUGUUCGUGUCCGAGGUGGAGGUGGAGGUCACCGAUGUACUUGUGGGUGUGGUCGAGGUGUCGGUUGGGGUAGUGGAGGUGGUGGUGGAUGUGGAGGUGGGAGUUGUCGAGGUUGUGGUGGGGGUCGUGCUGGUGGGGGUGGUCGAGGUAGUGGUGGGUGUUGUGGAAGUGGCGGGGGUGGUCGUCGAUGAGGAUGUCGUAGUCGUGGGAUCAGCAGCAGUCGUCCUGAACAAUGGUAAUUGUAAGAGAUCUGUCCAGAAGAACAGCGGUGAAUGA